AUGGAAGAAAAUUGGGAUAGUGAUGGAGAAGGGUGGGAUACGGUGCAGGCACCGGUUGCUGCAUCUCAUAAUGUCGGUGUCUCCGGCUCAAGCACCAACCGAGGAAGAACUAGAGGUGGUUAUACUCGAGGUCAAGGUCAGCACUACAAUACAACUUGGAGAGCACGUGGUGGACACCAUAGUGAAAGCCGAAACCGAGGAAACUUUCGAUAUGACAAUACUAAUAGAAAAGUUAUCACAAUUUCAUCUAAUAAAGUCGGGCGUGUUAUUGGCAAAGGAGGUAGUAAGAUUCGUGAUCUUGAAUACGAAACGGAUGCAAAAGUCAAAAUUGGCGAUUCUAGUGGAUAUUCCACUGAAAUAACUUUGUUUGGUACUAAUGACGCUAUAUCGAAAGUAGAAAGUUUGAUAAACGAAUUGGUAGAAGAGCGAAAGCCGCCUACGCCAAAGGAAAAUCCAAAUAACCAUAAAAAUGCUGUAAGCACUGCUACAAAUGAGGUAAGCAUUGAUAGAAACGAGUAUAUGAUGCUAAAUGAAAAUGGUGUGGAGGUUAUAGACUGGGAUAAACUUAAUGCCGCAUGCGAUAAAGCCCAAAAAGAGAAGUGGGAGAGGUUGCCAAAGGUUAACAAAAACUUCUAUAGAGAAGAUCCAACUGUCAGUAAUAUGACUCCUGCUGAAGUUUCUCGGUGGCGUUUAGCAAAUAACGACAUAAAAGUUAACCGAACCUUUGAGGAGAAAGAAGGAUUACCACCGAUACCCAACCCAGUAAUAACAUUCGAACAAGCAUUCCAAGACUACCCUGAAAUAUUAAAAGAAAUCUAUAAACAGGGAUUUAAGCAGCCAUCCCCUAUACAGAGUCAAGCUUGGCCAAUCUUAUUAAGAGGGGAUGAUAUGAUUGGCAUAGCUCAGACUGGUACGGGAAAAACUUUGGCUUUUUUGUUACCAGCAUUAAUUCAUAUUGAUGGACAGCCGACUCCGAGAGAAGAAAGAGAGGGGCCUACUGUUCUCAUCUUAGCUCCUACACGAGAACUUGCUCUACAAAUUCAUAAAGAGGUUAUAAAGUAUGAAUACAGAGGGAUUAAGUCUGUCUGCCUCUAUGGAGGAGGAGAUAGAAGAGAACAAAUCGAUACUGUUGCUAAAGGUGUUGAUAUAGUGAUCGCCACCCCUGGAAGAUUGAACGAUCUUACAAAGGCGGAACAUUUAAAUGCUAUUAAUUUUUCCUAUAUUGUUUUGGAUGAAGCGGACAGAAUGUUAGAUAUGGGAUUUGAACCCCAGAUUAAAAAAUCUUUGUUUGACGUUAGACCAGAUCGCCAAACCGUGAUGACUUCAGCUACCUGGCCUUCGGGAGUGCGGCGUCUUGCACAGACUUAUAUGAAAGAUCCUAUACAAGUCAACGUAGGAUCUUUAGAUCUCGCUGCAGUACAUACUGUUACACAGAAAAUUAUGUUCGUCGAAGAAGAUGACAAGGAGCAUACAUUAUACGAGUUUAUUGAGAAUAUGAAUAAAGAUGAAAAAGUUAUAAUCUUCUGUGGCAAGAAAGCCACCGCUAGACAUAUAAGCACCGAUCUGGCAGUAAAGGGGAUAGAGUGCCAAGCUUUACAUGGAGAUCGUGAUCAAAUCGACAGGGAGGCAGCUCUUGAAGAUAUGCUUGAAGGAACAGUUAACAUUUUAGUGGCGACAGAUGUCGCAUCUAGAGGUAUUGACAUAAAAGACUUGACCCAUGUUAUUAAUUUUGAUUUUCCACGUCAAAUUGAGGAAUAUGUACAUAGGGUAGGCAGAACUGGUAGAGCCGGUAAAACAGGAAUAGCCUUGUCUUUUAUUACAAGAAGUGACUGGGCUCACGCUAGUGAAUUAAUAAAGAUUCUGCAAGAGGCUAAUCAAGAUGUGCCUGAUGAGCUUCAAAAGAUGGCUGACCGGUUCAGCGCUAUGAAGCUUCGUAAAGACAGAGAUGGAGGAGAGAAGCGUGGGAGAGGAGGAUGGAAUAGAAGAGGUGCAUAUUACUAGCACUUAUCAUUACUAACAUAAUUAUCAUAUUUGUUUAAAAAACUUUUUUUUCGUAUUUUGUACAUUUUGCGUGUAAGCUAUUUAAAUACCUUUAAGCAUGGGGAAAAAUUUAGUAACUUUUUGUUAGAUACAAAGUAAAGUCAAAUUCCUGACUGAACUUUAUCUGUGAAUUAGUAUAUUAGUUAUAGAUGCAGUGAUUAUUAUACUUGUUUAUGAACUUUAUAGAUUUUUGAACUUUUCUAAAAAAUGAUAGGAGUCAAUAUUAACAACUUUUUAUGUGUACUUAUUUGCAUACAUAGAAUCUCACUUGUUUUAUAAUAGUCGGGUAUAUUAUUUUAGUUUUUGUUACAGGAUGUAACUAUUGCGUUUUUCUUUGAUUGUAGUCAGUAUAUUGUAUAAAAGCAGCCCUUGUAUAAAAACUUGAUAUUGUAUAAAAACAGCCACUGCUUUAACUAACAACAAUAUAGUAAAUAGAUUUAAGGUUUUCGUAAAUAUAGGUGUAUAGAUAAAUAUAAAUUGAAAUAAAACUCUCCAGUAUUUA